AUGCAGACCCUAAUGCAUCUCUCCAUAACUAUUGCCCACGACCUGCUCCUCGCCGACGACUGCGAACUCAACAUCGCGACAGAACUGGAUGGGCAGCAGAGCAUGAAUCACUUCGCCUCCGACUGGGCUAACCUCGAACUAGUUGCCAACACAGAGAAAACGGUAGUUGUGUACCAACCGUCGCCAAACACUGAAUGCAACGACGCCCACAUCACUGGUAGCGACACUCAGAUCAAAACCGUAGACAGUUUAGCCCUUUAA